UCAUGUACUACCUUUUUCAUCUCAUAAUUUUCGGUAACCGGAAAUGGCUUGAACUUUUUUGGGUUUCUAAGAAGGGAACUAACUUCGGUGGUUUACAUGAUUAACAUGACAUGGGCCUUUUUCAUUCAUUUUUGGGAUUAGUGAACAGAAUUUGUCUCUACACUCUCACCUAAAAACUGUCCAUUUCUUCCUGUCCUUAUUUGAUUGGAAAUGAUCCCUUUUUUUAAUUUCAAUUUUCAAAGGCGCUUGUUGUCUCAAUCAUAAUACAUAAUAUGUCAGAAGAAAAUGGUAAUAAUAAGAGAUGGAUGGGGUAAUGGAUUCUGUUCCCAUGGUCUCACGCACUCAACGUGAAUUGGGCAUCCCUGGUUUGUAAUUUUAUGUCAUGUAAUGUAACAAAAUCUGUCCUUUCUUCUGUAGCAGUGGAGUCACUGUUAAGCGUGGAUUUUCACUUGUGCUUUAACUGGAAGGUUGUUUAACUAAAGUGCCUUGAAGUGUGUGGCCUUCUACUUUUUCGUUUCUGGGUAACACAAAAGAAAAAGACCUUGGUUUCCGAGGGUGUUUGUUGUCACUGUUCAUCGCUGCAAAGUUGCAAUAUUUUGGCUGAUUCAGCGUUUCAGAUGGCUUUUGGUGGUUGAUUCUCCUACCAAGUUGAGAAUUUGAGAUGAGCAGCCAAAAGGGUCGUCAUGAAGAAGAGAUGGGCACCUCAGAAACCACCGGGAAAGUGGUUGUGGUUGCAGUUAAAGCUUCCAGAGAUAUCUCAAGGACUGCUCUGGUGUGGGCUUUGACUCAUGUUGUUCAACCAGGGGAUUGCAUUAAGCUGUUGGUGGUCAUUCCGGCUCUUUCUUCAAGCAAGAGGGUAUGGGGAUUUUCAAGAUUUACCACUGACUGUGCCUCCAGUAAUUGGAGAUCCAGUUUAGGAACUGCUUCAGAUCAGAAAGAAGUUAUAACAAAAUCCUGUUCUCAGUUAGUGCUUCAACUCCAUGAUUUUUACGAUCCAGAGAAGAUAAAGAUCAGAGUGAAGAUUCUUUCUGGUUCUUCAUGUGGAGGUGUGGCCGCUGAGGCCAAGAGAGUUGAGUCAAGCUGGGUUAUAUUGGACAAAAAGUUGAAGCAUGAAAAGAAAUACUGCAUGGAGCAGCUGCAUUGCAAUAUUGUAAUGAUGAAGCGGUCUAGGCCAAAGAUUCUGCGCUUGAAUUUGAACAGUUCACCUAAGAUGGAACUGAACAUGGGUUGUCCAUUGAAACUCAGAAGAAACUUGAAAGAGAACACUGGACAUGGAGGUAUAAUCAGAGGUCCAGCUGUUACUCCUGCUAGCAGUCCUGAACAAGGGUCACCACCAUUGACUGCAACUGAUGUUGGAACAUCAUCAAUAUCAAGCUCAGAUCCUGCUACUUCCCCAUUUUUUCACUCUGACAACUAUGAGAGACAAAGGAGAGGUUUCACCUUCGUUCACGAGGGACUGACAAACCUAGAGGAUAUUGAGUCUGACUCCGAGAGCGAAAAGCUUAGCAUGUCGUCCAAGAGUUCAUAUUUUCAGCCAUGGAUUGCGAAUGUGAUUUGCAUGGAUGGUGAUUUCUCAAAGCAUGAAGACAACGUGCAAAGAUCCAGCGACAAGACUUUGGCAACUGCAUAUGAAGCUUUGCUUCAGAAAUUCUCAAAGUUGGAUGAAGAUCCUAUACUGGGAAUGCUUAACUGUAAAAUUGAUGUGAACUUGAGCAAAAGUGUUAGAGAAGCAAUUUCACUAGCUAAAGGUUCACCUCCUGGCCCUCCUCCACUGUGCUCCAUUUGUCAGCACAAGGCACCGGUGUUUGGAAAUCCACCAAGGUGGUUUACAUUUGCUGAAUUGCAGCUUGCCACGGGUGGUUUUUCACAAGCAAACUUCUUGGCAGAAGGUGGUUUUGGUUCCGUACACCGUGGAGUUCUGCAUGACGGACAAGUCAUUGCUGUGAAACAGUAUAAAUUAGCCAGCACUCAAGGAGAUAAAGAGUUUUGCUCAGAAGUUGAGGUCUUAAGCUGUGCACAACAUCGCAAUGUUGUGAUGCUAAUUGGGUUCUGUGUGGAGAACGGAAGAAGAUUGCUGGUUUACGAAUACAUCUGCAAUGGCUCUCUGGAUUCUCAUCUCUACAGACGAAAGCAGAAUGUUCUGGAAUGGUCUGCAAGACAAAAGAUUGCAGUUGGAGCAGCACGUGGUUUGAGAUACCUUCAUGAAGAAUGUAGAGUGGGUUGUAUUGUGCACCGUGACAUGAGGCCCAAUAAUAUCCUCCUCACUCAUGAUUUUGAAGCUUUGGUGGGAGAUUUUGGACUUGCUAGGUGGCAACCAGAUGGAGACAUGGGUGUGGAAACCAGAGUGAUAGGAACAUUUGGGUAUUUGGCGCCAGAAUACGCUCAGAGUGGUCAAAUUACUGAAAAAGCUGAUGUGUACUCGUUUGGUAUAGUACUGCUGGAACUCAUCACAGGAAGAAAAGCAGUGGAUAUAAACCGCCCCAAAGGCCAACAAUGUCUCAGUGAAUGGGCACGGCCAUUGCUUGAAAAACAAGCUAUUUAUAAAUUAGUAGAUCCGAGUUUAAGAAACUGCUAUGUUGAUCAAGAGGUACAUCGCAUGCUGCAAUGUUCCUCUUUAUGCAUUGGACGGGAUCCUCAUUUAAGGCCUCGAAUGUCACAGGUGCUGAGGAUGCUGGAAGGUGACAUUCUACUGUGAUUGCAUAUCCAAUUUUCCAUUUCCCAGGAACAUUAGCGUAGAACUAGAACACGAACAUGAACAAGGAUAAUCAGAAUGACAACAUUAUUGUCUUGUGAGAAAUUUCAGGAGGAUGCAGAAGUUUGAAGCUGAAUUUACGUUGUAAAAAGCUUAGUUUUUUCUGUUAGAUUUUUUAGCGAUGCUGUAAAUAUUAUCUUCGAUUUUGUGGAGAGGAGCGUAAUUGGAAGUGGUGUUAAUUAUUUAUUUCAUUGUACAUAACAUUUCAGUUUUCGUUAAAUCUUUCUUCCGUUUUUCAA